AGCGGUGGUGGGAAGCAGCAUGGCCCGGAGCAGCAUCUUCCCUGCGGCCGCGCUCGGGCUCUGGAGCAUCCUCCAGUGCCUGCUGCUGCUGCGGGCGGAGGUCGGGCCGCCGGCAGAGGAGAGCCUGUACCUGUGGAUCGAUGCUCACCAGGCGCGAGUGCUCAUAGGAUUUGAAGAAGAUAUCCUGAUUGUUUCAGAGGGGAAAAUGGCCCCUUUCACACACGACUUCAGAAAAGCACAGCAGAGGAUGCCAGCCAUUCCUGUCAAUAUUCAUUCUAUGAAUUUUACCUGGCAAGCGGCAGGAGAGGCAGAAUACUUCUAUGAAUUCCUGUCCUUGCGCUCUUUGGAUAAAGGCAUCAUGGCAGAUCCAACCGUUAAUGUCCCUUUGUUGGGAACAGUGCCUCAUGAAGCAUCAGUUGUUCAAGUUGGCUUUCCUUGUCUUGGAAAACAAGAUGGAGUGGCAGCAUUUGAAGUGAAUGUGAUUGUAAUGAAUGCUGAAGGGAACACCAUCCUGCAGACGCCUCAAAAUGCCAUCUUCUUUAAAACAUGCCAACAAGCGGAAUGUCCAGGAGGGUGCCGAAAUGGAGGCUUCUGUAAUGAAAGGCGUGUCUGUGAGUGUCCUGAUGGGUUCUAUGGACCUCACUGUGAGAAAGCCCUUUGCACACCACGCUGUAUGAACGGCGGCCUCUGCGUUACUCCUGGUUUCUGCAUCUGCCCGCCUGGAUUCUAUGGCAUCAAUUGUGAUAAAGCAAAUUGCUCAACUACCUGCUUUAAUGGAGGGACCUGUUUCUUCCCUGGAAAGUGUAUCUGCCCUCCAGGACUAGAGGGAGAACAGUGUGAAAUAAGUAAAUGCGCCCAACCCUGUCAGAAUGGUGGUAAAUGCAUUGGCAAAAACAAAUGCAAGUGCUCCAAGGGUUACCAAGGAGACCUGUGCUCCGAGCCUGUCUGUGAGCCUGACUGUGGUGAACACGGAGUCUGCUAUGAGCCCAACAAAUGCCUAUGUCAAGAGGGCUGGCAUGGAAGACACUGCAAUAAAAGAUACGGAGCCAGCCUCCUGCAUGCCCUGGGGCCAGCCGGCACCCGACUCAGGCUGUACACGCCUUCAGUUAAAAAGGCCGAGGAGCGACAGGAUCCACCUGAAUCCAAUUACGUCUGGUGAACUCCGACAUCUGAAACGUUUUAAGUUACACCAAGUUCAUAGCCUUUGUUAACCUUUCAUGUGUUGAAUGUUCAAAUAAUGUUCAUUACAGUUAAGAAUACUGGCCUGAAUUUUAUUAGCUUCAUUAUAAAUCACUGGGCUGAUAUUUACUCUUCCUUUUAAGUUUUCUAAGUAUGUCUGUAGCAUGAUGGUAUAGAUUUUCUUGUUUCAGUGCUUUGGGACAGAUCUUAUGUUAUGUCAGUUGAUCAAGUUAAAAAUUUGUCUUUUCAAUGUGUAGUUGGUGGAUACUUUCCAAAAUUACAAUGGAUUUGUGGUGUUGGGGCUGAGGCAACAUUAAUGAAGGUAAAUGGAACAAAAAUGCAUAAGUCACAGGGAUGGGAAUGAAGCAGUAAAUUUGCUGAAGUUACAGCAUUUCAAAUUUUACCAUCAAGUAUGAAGACGUUUGUCACAUUUGAAAAUUGCUCUUAUUUUUAAAUCUCUCAAUACAGCGUAUUUUGACCUUAUCAUGAUUCCAGAGAAUUCAGUAGUAAAAGAAGAAAAAGAAAUAACACUGUGGUAGUGGCAUUUUAACAAUAUAAUAUAUUGUAAAAACAGUAAAAUAAGGAUUAUAAUGUAUGAACUUUUUUGCAUUGGCUGAAGCAAUAUAAUAUAUUGUAAACAAAACACAGCCCUUACAUAAUAAACACUUUAUACUGUUUGUAUGUAUAAAAUAAAGGUGCUGCUUUCGUUUUCU